AUGACAUCAUCAGAUAUGACCAGACCAGCUCACAACCAGUCGUUGUCACAGACUGAAACUCCAAGGCUUCCAUUCUCUACAAAAUCUGAGGGUCAGAUGGUCGAGGGUGUGACCCAGGUUCAUGCUGCAGCUGUGAAUGGAGACAGACAGACACUUUCACGUCUGCUGGCAGUGUCUACAAGGAAACUGGAUUUUGGUGACCAGUUUGGCAGAAGUCCUCUCAUGUACUGUGUCUUGGCAGACCGACAGGAGUGUGCAGAAAUAUUGAUUAAAGCAGGAAGUCAUGUCAAUUUGAAAGAUAAAGGCGGGAGGACUGCACUGCAUUGGGCUUCUUACAAGGGGAAUCUUCGUCUGAUGAAGCUGCUGUUGUCCAGAGGAGCUGACUGCAGAGAGAAGGACAAUGAAGGGCAAACAGCUCUGCACCUGUGUACAAGACAUAAACUUCCUAAAUGUAUGGCACUUCUCCUACGACAGCUGCUACCUGGGGAAAUCGAUGACCAAGAUAAAAACAAGAGAACUGCCUUACACUGGGCAGCAUCGUAUGGCAACCUGGAGCACGUCAAAAUGCUGAUCAAACAGAAUUCGAAUAUCGGAAUACCAGACACUGAAGGGAAAACCCCACUACAUUGGGCAGCCAGCAGUCGAGACAGGGAAACAGUUAGUUGUGUCCGGUUGAUUCUGGAAACCACCCCAAGUGUUAUCAACUGGCAGGACUAUGAGGGUCAGACUGCCCUUCAUCUGGCUGUUGCUGAUGGCAAUGAGAGUGUGGUCAGAGUCCUGACAUCAAUGAAGAAUUGCAAUGUGUCGGCACUUGAUAAUGUAUUUCGUACUCCUCUACAUUGGGCUGCUGUUUUAGGUCAUUCAAAGAUCGUGGCCAUCUUGUUGGAUAGUGGAGCAGACAGUUCCAGCUCAGAUGCUAAUGGGGCUACAGCUCUUCAUUAUGCUGCUCAGAAUAAUUACAGUGACACGGUAUCAGUGUUCCUGAGAUGGGCCUGUGCUGAUGAAGCUGAUCUUGAGGGACGUACGGCCUUCAUGUGGGCUGCUGGGAAGGGGGCCGAUGAUGUCAUCAGGGUAUUUUUAGAACACGGUGUGGACAUACAGCAGGAAGACAAAACAGGGGGUACAGCUCUCCACGCUGCAGCUUUAUCUGGCCACAGCACAACAGUCAAACUGCUGCUGGAGAGUGGGGCCAAGUUGGAAGUAACUGACCAAGCCAGGCACACACCACUAUUUCGAGCCUGUGAGAUGGGCCAUAUGGAUGUGGUCCAGACCCUGAUUGAUGCUGGAGCCCGGGUGGAUGUUCUGGAUCAGGAUGGAAGAUCUCCACUUCAUUGGGCAGCUUUGGGUGGCCAUGCCUGCAUCUGUCAAAUACUGAUCAAGUGGGGCCUGCAUCCAAAUGUUAGGGAUCAAUCACUAAGAGCUCCACUCCACUGUGCAGCUUAUGGAGGUUAUGUUAACUGUAUGUCAGCAUUGAUGGAGCAUGGGGCGGAUCCUAACUCCCAGGACAAAGAGGGCAUGACUUCCCUCCACUGGGCCUGUUCCAAAGGACACCUGGAUGCAGUCAAACUGCUCAUUGAAUACAAUGCUUUCCCUAACCAUAUGGAGUUCACAGAGGACAGGUACACUCCUCUGGACUAUGCCUUGAUGGGAGAGCACCAUGAUGUUGUUCAAUACAUGAUUGAACAGGGGGCUUUAUCCAUCACCGGAAUACAGGAUAUUGCAGCACAGACUAUCCAGUCAGCUUUCAAAGGUUACAGAGUUCGCAAGGUCUUUAUUGAUCGUAAGAAACUUCUCAUGAAACAUGAGAAGUUGAAAAAGGAAGCUGCCAG